GUGGAGUUAGUGUCUGCAAUUCUGUUGUUGCUGUUUUCCUCUACUGUGUGUGUGCUUGUGCUACACCAGGAAUGUCGAGACAGCAGGGAAAAUCCGGCGGAGAUACUGAAAUGCAGAUUCAAAGAGGAGACACAGAGGCGGAAGACAGUGCUGUUUGAGCAGUAUUCAGUCCAGGAGCUCGAUGAUGAUGAGGAAGAGAUAUCCAGCAUCCAGCACCACAGUGAAAAUGAGGAAUCAGCUGAGCCAGUGGUUGGUUCCAGACCUCCAGCUCGUUCUUGGAAAGGAAUGCAACCAACUACUGGCUCUGAGCGUUUGGAUAAGUCUAUCAAACGACGCUUGGAAGAAAGACUGAGAUCAGCCAUCUCUAGAGGUCAGGCACUUGUACCGGAGGAAGAUUUAUUCUUCAUUAAAAAGUCAUCCCAAGACUUCCUGGAAGUGAGGAAUGCAGAGUACGUCAGCCAUCAAAAACGUAUCCAGAGAGAAAGGAAGCUUCUCUUUACACCAAGUUCUCGACCAGUGCCAGGCUUCCUUAAACUGCCUGAAAACAUGAGGCCCCAUUAUCUCGAGGAUGACGGUCUGUUUGUGGGUAAAAGGCCCCCUAUGUCCAAGACUAAUGAGAACAUUCUGGAGAACCGCAUUUUAAAAAUGGAAGAGGGCAAGAAGUGGAUUGGAGAUGAUGGCAGGAUCUUGGCUAUGUCGAACCCCGUUAAGGAAUCAUCCACAAGACCCCCUCUCUUCCACAUGGAGGAGGACCUGGACCCUGCUCUGCAAACUGUUUACAGGAAGGCAACAAGGUCCACAUAUGAAAACAAGUGCACUGAUGGUACAUUGGAUCCGGAGGGGGACUACCAACUUGAUGUGGAUGUUUCUGGGCUGAUCUUCUCCCAUCACCCACUCUUCAGUCGUGAACAUGUCCUGGGAGCCCGGCUAGCUCAGCUGUACGACCAGUACCUCACCAGGAAGCACAAUAACCUGACGGGACACUUGACUGACAAGUUGCAUGGGUUGAGGAGUGCACUGCGGAAUAUCCUUGAGAUCCACGACAGCCAGAGUCUCACUCACGCCAUGCAGCAGAGGAUAUCUGAUUACAGUCUGGAGGUUCGAAAUACUCGGCAGCUACGAGACAGCGAGCAGGAGAAAGACCGGACUCUGCUGAAGAACAUAAUUAAAGUGUGGAAGGAUAUCAAGGCCCUGAGAGAGUUCCAGAAGUUCAACAACACACCCUACAAGCUCUUCCUCAGAAAAGAGAAUGUAGACCAGGCGUCAGAUGAGAAGGUGUAUGAGGAUGAAAUCUCUGCAGAAGUUGUGGAACUGGAGGCUGAGAGUGAGGAGGAAUACCAACGAAAGCUGAUAGAGUACAAGAAACAGCUGGCAGAGUGGAAGCUCUCAAGCAGAAAACAGAAAGCAAAAAAGAAGAAGAGAAAAAAGAAGAAGAAGGGCCAGUUACAGGAUGACACAGAAGAAGAUGAAGACCAAGAGUUGAGUGAAUCAGAAGGGCCUGAGGAAGAAGACUGUCCAAAGCCAGAGCCUCCAGAGAGGCCAGACUUUGACUCUAUAGAGCAGCAAGUCAGAGAGAAAGCUUUCAGGAUACGCAGGAAACCAGGAGAGUCUGUCCUGAUUCCUGAGCUGCAUGCAUCUGGAAACAUCACGGCCAAUGACCUCUGCCCCAGGGUGGAAGUAGCUCGUAGACAGGAUGUUGAGAGGCACUCAAUUAUCAUCAAGAUCCUUUACAAUGGCAAAGGAGUCUCCCGAACUGACAACCGCUUCCUGGAAACUGAUUUCAGAGUGCACUUUGGUCAGAUCUUUAAUCUCAAGAUAGUUAAUUCUCCUCAAAGCAUCACAUUGCAGGUCUUUGAAAAUAUUGGAUUAUCGUGUUCCCUCCUGACUCAAGUGUUCGUCCCAGUGCCAGACUCUUCUGCCUUAACAGGCAGUGUCCCUCUUGAGGAAUUCCUGUUCAGCAGCAACCAUAGAGUGAUGUUUGACCAUGAAGGAGUUGGAAGUGGUAAAUGUCUCCAUUUGACACCAGUUCAGAUGUGA